AAGCAGCAGGCUCCUCCCGGCUCUGCCCGUGUGGACUGUGUAGUUAUGAAACCGACCCGGUUAUAAAAUUACAAGUCGAGCUUUUCUCGUCGUUUAGUCUGAUUUAAGCUCAUUAGGUGAACAGUUCGCUGUGAAAAUGGAUAAAACUGUCAGUUUGCCUGACCAGCCGGACAGAUCCACCGCGGUCACUUUGGUGGAAACCAGCAGUAAUCCAAGUGGAGUGGUUUUGGUGAACACCUACCAGACCAAUCGAGUUGGAGAUCCAAUGGACCUUGUUGCUUUAGCACAGCAAGUUCAGAAGGGAGAUGAAUUUAUCAGAGCAAAUGCUUGCAACAGGUUGACCGUCAUCGCUGACCAGAUAAGAUACCUGCAGGAGCAAGCUAGAAAGGUGUUGGAGGAUGCUAAGAGAGACGCUGAUCUGCACCAUGCAGCCUGCAAUGUUGUGAAGAAGCCAGGAAAUAUGUACUAUAUGUAUAUGCGUGAAUCCGGACAGCGCUAUUUUUCUAUUCUUUCUCCUAAGGAAUGGGGUCCUAGUUGUCCACACAAGUUCCUCGGGGCCUACAAACUGCAGCACGAUAUGUCAUGGACUCCAGUAGAAGAGGUUGAAAAGAGAGAUGCUGAAAUCAGUAUAAUGGACAAGCUACUGAACAGUCAAGCAGCUCUGCCUGCUUGCACAGGGCCCAACUUUGAGGGUCUCUCGAAGUGAGACGACACUGAUCAGGGACCGUCUUAUGAUGUGGCCUUUCAAAGAGGCCAUUGGUCUUAUUGGACCUGAAUGAAAGGUUUUGGAAGUAAUUCACGUUGGACUGAGACCCAAGUGUUUACAAUUGAUUUUAACACUGAAAACCAUGGUAUAAUGUUUAUGGGACAAAAUUGAAUACUGUCUUAUUUGGAUCAUGCCUUGAAGCCGUGUGGUUUCCAGACACUGGACCUAGCAAAUGUUAGAAAACUAGAUUUAUGGGUAUAUGUUAAAAUUUUGUUGACUUAUUGAUGAUUGUGUGGCGUUAACACAGGUAACGGUGUUACUUUUUAAUUGAAAAGUAGUUGCCUUACUGAGUCAGGAGAAAAAACACGCCUGCUGCUGCCAGUCACCCUGUAAAGCCUAAAAUAAUCAUUUAAAAGUU